GAUGUUGAGGAAAGAAAAGAAAAAUGUUCACUGCCAACUUUGAUCGGAUAUAUUUGUAUUUAAUCGAUUGAUCAAAAAUAAUCUGUAGCUUCUCUAUACUUGUUUUUUUUUUUUUUUUACCCCUUCCAUGAACAUCGUUGAAUUCUGCUCGUACGUGUCGGAACUAUUAGAUUGUAAAACCGACGCAUUUCUUCUGAAUAUUAAAUUUUCCUCAUGAUAAACGUGAAGACUCGUGUGUCUUUUUAUUCCACGCGUGUGAUUACGUACGUGAUCACAUUACGUCCGCGGGUCUUGUUGUGUUUUUGUUUUUUAAAACCUGAUAACAGCCGCACUUCUCUCAGUAAUGACUUCUUAAUGGAAGGUAAUGGAACAAGGCAAAUGGCCUGGGGGGGGGGGCAACUUUCCACUGUGGUCCAGUAUUUCCAGUUUAACAUCCCAUAAAUCCUUUGCUGUCCCGUCAGCAGGUGCAGUUUGAAAAGCAAAACAAACCUCGAGAAGGAGAAGCUGCAAUUGAGAGGAGAUAAAAAAAAAAAGGUCUUUGUGGAACUCUGGUUCCUCUGGUUCCUACGGUUCCACUCGGGUUGUCGACGAGCGGAUCUUUUCAUGGCAGAUUAUUAAUUUGUUUUUACACUCAAGCUUCGUGACUGACGGAUCAUCGAUCGACGGUGUGAGUGAGCUCGCGAUGAGGCUGCGUGCGGUGACGACGGGACGGGACUCGAGCUCGACCUCAGAGGGAGUCGCAGCCACCGGCGCUCCGCUGUGCACACACAGAUGACAACUCCUCCGAAGCCUCCUGUGGAUGAUCAGGAUCGAGUUACGCUGGGAGGGAAACUGGGAGACGGUGAUCGUGAUGGACACCGCCCCACUCCAGCGACCGGCAGUCCGCCCAGAGAGACGCCGGCCAUGUUCACUGGCCUCCGCAGACCGAGCAGCGACCACCUGGACCCGGAGUCCAGUUCCCACGGAGACCCUGGAGGCAUCAUCGGAGGAGGAGGAGGAGGAGGAGGAGGAGAAGAGGAGGAAGAGGAGUGGGCUGGCUCCAGCUGCUCCGUGUGUUCCGACCGGUUCUGGAGCCGCAGCAGUCGCUUCUCAUCAGAUGAUUCCUACCAGCUGGACUCUGGAGAGGACUGCGCCGAGCUGCUGCUCGCCUGCCUCUACUGCCGUUUCCACGAGGUCAUGCUGCUGCUGCCGGAGACGUGCGAGCGAGCGCUGAGCCGCUGCUUCCCCUCGUACCGACACAUGGCGGCGGCGAGCGACGGCGACGAGUCGGCGGCGGACUGCUGCGGCCGAACGCUCGACUGUCGCCUCUCCGACUCGUGUCAGGACGCCGGAGACCUGGUGGAACUGGCCAUGGAGAUAUCAGAGGUGUGUUACCGCUGAGGCCUCUGACCUCUGACCUCUGACCUCUGAGCCUGGACAAAUUCACAUAUAUAUCAUAAAUAAUUCUGCAUUACAGAUGAUUUUUUUUAUUGGCCCCAUAUGGAAUUUGGCUGUUACUUAACUCGUGUCCAAAAACAUUAUUCAAGCAGGAAACUGCU